AUGUCAAAUGAAAAGAAAUAUGAGUUUGAUAUAUAUAAUUUACCCAACCCUUAUAUUAAGUUUUCUUUAAAUGUUUCCGAUUAUCCAAAAAAUUGUUAUACCGAUUUUUGGCAAAUGUUGUUUGAUAAAAGUAUAACAACUAUUUUUGCCAUCUUGUCAUCUGAAGAAAAUGAAUUUCAUGAUGCUUUUUUAUAUUAUUUUCCAAAAAAGAAAGAGGUUUUUAAAGAUAUUAUUGUUGAAAAAAUAGAUUGUGAUAAAUUUUUGACGGAAUAUUAUAUUUUUCAAUAUACAAUGAUUAAAGGCAAUACUAUUAAAUCUAUAUCAAUAUAUUAUAUUUACCAUUGGAAACCUUAUAAACUUCCUUAUACAGAUAAAUGUAUAAUUGAAGUCUAUGAUAUCAUGAGAAAUCUACCUGAAAACAGUAAUAUUUUAAUUCAUUCAGAAAAUGCUAUAUGUACUAGAGUUUCAUCAGUUAUUUAUUUCCUAUAUAUUUAUGAAGAAAUUACUAAUAAUCCAAAUUUUAAUAAUCCAAUGAUUAUUAUAAAACUAAUUAGAGAAAUGAUUCCUGGAGGUUAUAUAGGUAUUGGUGAUUACAAUAUUAUUAUGAAAGGUAUUUAUGAGUUAUUAUAUAUUGAAAGAUAUUUUAUUGAUAAGUCAGCUUAUGAAAAAAUUAAUUAUGCUUUCGAUAUUUAUCGUAGUAGAAGAGAACAAAAUAAAGCAAAAUUUGAAGAUAACGUUAUACCUUUUUUAGAAUUUGCUUGUGAUUUAUCUGUUGGUCGAGUCUUAGAAAUGUUCCAUAAAUCAAGCAGUAUAAGAUUUUAUAAUAAAGAUGUUUUAAUGAAAUUAUGUUCAAGAUUUUAUGAAACAUUAAAUGAUAAGCAUAAUUGUUUAAAAAAUAAUUUUAAUGAUAUUCCUUGUCAAGAUGAAUUUAUAAUUGACUAUGCUAAUUUAGAAAUUAAAGAUAACAAUUUAGAUGGAUACGUUAAUGCUAAUUUAAUGACAUAUAAAUGUAAAAACAAUGUAGAAAGACAAAUUAUUAUGACUCAGAGUCCUCAUAAAGAUGUUUGUGAUGAAAUGUUAGAAUUAAUAUAUUGUCAUAAUGUAUCUCUUAUUAUAGAUAUAACAGCUUAUGAUGAAUUAUCAAGUAAAAAGUUUGGUUCAUAUAUAAUAUCAAAUAAAGAUUCAAAAUUAAAAUCUGAUGAAUUUGCUAUUGAGAUAACUAAUGUUGAAAUUGAUAAAGAAACUGGUUUUAAAAUUUCUUUUUGUAACAUUUCAACUAAAUUUUUACCUUCAAGAAGUUUUGUUCAUGUAUUAGUUAACACAUGGUAUAAGUCAGUUCUUUUAACUAAUCCAAAAGUAGUUGUUAAUGUUUACAAUACUUUCUUGCAAUAUCAAGAACCCAAAAGACCUACUAUUGUGCACUGUAUUAAUGGAAUCGGUAGAACAGGAACUUUUGCUCUUUUUACUCAUAUAUUAGAUACUCUUGGAGAAUCACAUAAUUUUGAUAUUCUUACUCAUUUAGAUUUUGUUCGUAGUAGAAGAUUACAUGCUGUACCUGAUGUAUACCAACUAUUUUUUACGAUUCAAUGUUUGUAUGAAUAUUUUAAAUUCCAUUUAUAUGAGCUAAAUCCAAAUGUAUAUCAUAGAUUAGAUAACAUAUUAAAACAUAUUAAAACGUCCUAUAAAAUUACCUAA